AUGAGCAAAGCAGAGUACUCCCGGGUUCCGCUACAGAACCAGAAGUCAAGAAGUGACCCCGACGAUGCUUUGCCAGCGUACAGGCCUAAGAAGUCUAAGUCGCGACGCUCUCGGGAUAACUUGCCGUCUUAUGAAGAAGCUGCCGAACCCAGCUGGUCCCCCGUGGUUCACCCACCAUGCGCUCACUUAUCGGAGAGCGGCUGCGUGAUGAUCGCUAAAAGCAAUCUCUGUUGCUCUUGUAUGGAUGAGCGACCGGUACCGGAUUCUGGCUUAUAUCCGAUGUAUGUUGAUGGCGAAGGCUGGGUUGAGAGAGCUAAGAAGUGGCAGUUUUACUGUCCUAACUGCCAAGAAUAUUUUGACCCGGAUGCGAAGAGAAGAAUGAUGCGAGACCAGUGCAUGUGGGCGGAAGCGCGCGCCCAGUCUUUAGCUGAUGAGCGGGACAAAAAGUAUUUCGGCCUCGGGCGCUGGAUCCAUCAUUGCAGUGAAGCAGUGAAGAAGUGCUUUCCAGAAUGA